AUGACGGAGGUGCAGAGAGAGGUUAUAACUUUAUCUUCUGCACAGUGCUCCAUAGAGAAAUGGACUCUGCGAUCCAGCAGCGUGAGUGUAGAAAUCAUUUCUUUAGGCUGUGUUAUAACGUCCAUCAAAACAGCUGACCGGAAUGGACAAAGUUCGGACAUAGUUUUAGGCUUCGACGAUCUAGAAUGUUAUCUCACGAAUUCACGCUACUUUGGAGCUGUAGUUGGACGAGUUGCUAACCGCAUUGCCAAAGGACAGUUUGUAAUUGACGGAAAGGUUUAUAACCUGGCCAAUAAUAAUGGACCUAAUGCACUGCAUGGUGGCCUUAGGGGAUUUGAUAAGGCAGUGUGGACAUGUGGGCCUGUGCCUGAUGGAGUCAGACUGAGCCACAUUAGUCCUGAUGGUGAUGAAGGAUAUCCUGGCAAUCUAAAGGUUUCUGUUAUCUACAAGCUAGAGGAAAACACACUGAGUGUGGAGUACUGCGCUCAAACUGACAAAACAACACCAAUCAACCUGACCAAUCACUCUUACUUUAACUUGGCUGGACAGGGUGCACCAGACAUUUAUGAUCAUCAGGUGAGCAUCACAGCAGAUGCCUACCUGCCUGUAAACGACACCAUGAUCCCUACAGGAGAGAUAAAACCUGUAGAUAAUACACUCUUUGACCUCCAUAAGCCCAUUGCUCUUGGGUCUAGACUGAAGGAACUUCCUGGACCAGGGUUUGACCACAACUUCUGCCUUCGGUUUCCAGAACAACCAAAACUGGAGAUUAAGUGUGCAAGAGUGGAGCAUCAUGGGUCAGGGCGUGUUCUGGAGGUGAGUACCACCCAGCCUGGUGUUCAGUUCUAUACCUCCAACUUCCUGGAUGGUACUAUUAAAGGGAAAGGAGGGGCAUCAUACCCCAAACAUAGUGCCUUCUGUCUGGAAACUCAAAACUGGCCAGAUGCUGUUAAUCAGACCCAGUUUCCUGAUGCUCUACUAAGGCCAAGAGAGGAGUACAAUCACAUCACACGCUUUACUUUCUCUGUAGCAUGAAAUCUCAAAAUUAUAUUUGUUAUCUUGCAAAUAAGAGCCACAA